ACGUAUUUCUUUACUAGUUUACCUUUAUUUUCCCCGUCAGUUUACAGUAUAGACAGUUCUUGAACAUAUUGGGAACCCGUGAUACCGGUGACUACUCAAAUUUAUGUUAUUUGAAUGAAAUUCUGGACAGCCUUGAAACGAACGUUUGCAGAGUGGGAGGGCGGUAGAGUGAAGGAAGGGGGACCAUACCAAUUUUGUUGCACGUUGACAUUUAGAACGGCUUAUGGUUGCGUAGGUUACCUGGUAUUACCUGGAAGACGACAUUCUAGACUGGUUCGGUUGGGACUAUGACGAACUGAAGAACGACCCAAACAUCGCGCUGGGCACAGUAGCAGACAGGAGCGAGUGUUCAGGCUUUGACAAGGUCCUGUACAUGGAAAGUAACGCGUUGAUACUAAAGGGAACAUGGAAAGGGAGGGAAGCAGCUUUCAAAGUCUCGCGAGACAACGAGAACGCGUGGAACGAGAUCGCCGCGCUCACGGCGAUGGAGGGAGACAACCACUGCGUGGAGGCACUCAGCUGGUACACGAUUCCAGCCGAGUCACCCCAAAGGCGGCCGGACCACGUGACUGUGUUGGUGGAACCAUAUAUCCCUCCUCCAGAGAAGAGAGUUCAGGUGACGACAUGGGGAAAUGACGGAGUAGGAGAGGUCCACACUAUCCCCACCAUGUCCAACUCAGGAGAACUCCGGGACUACAUGGAACAGCUUCUAGAGGCAAUCCGACAUAUCCACAAGCGUAGCUGGGUGCACCUGGACAUCAAGCCGUCCAACAUUCUGGUAGAAGAGACGCCUAGCGGCAGAGGUCUGACUCUCAUCGACUUCGACGUCGCCCUCAAGUUAGACCAGGCUCUCCGUGCGGGGAUCCAGUACGGGACUCCGUUCUUCCAGCCGCCGGAGGUCCGGACGGGCGACCAGGCACGUCUGUCCGCCAAGGCCGACAUCUACUCCGCCGGGGUCACCUUCGCUCUCGUAGCCAGCUGUGCACACCCUUCCGCUGACUCCCUGGUGUUUGACGUUGACGACCCGUCCAUCCUGAUCAAGCGGUGUGACGACUCGCCCAUACUGACCGGGAAGGGGCUGAAGUUGGUACAGGCAAUGACGCACUCAGACCCGACCAGACGACCGACGGCGCUCGCCGCUCUGCAGCACUCUUACUUUAGUUAACUUUAAAUUGA